GCCGCCGCCGAGACUCCAGCACGCAGAGAACGCGAGGAACCAGGAAGAGGAAGCGCCAGCCCACUAUGGCGUCUCUGAUUGGCUGCUGGCUUAGCUUGGAACGCUGGGACGUAUGGCGUCACUUCCGCCGGGCCCGCCAUCUUGUUCCCAGGGGCAGUUGGCGGAAGAGAUCGCGCUCCCUGGCCGCCGGCUUGCCUUUGCUUGGAGUACUCGCAGCCCGCAUCUUGGCGUCUGCUGUCGGUCCGGGAUCCGUUUGUCGGCCUCCCGGCAGUUUUUCUUCGCCUGGCUGGGGCACAGCGCAGCGGCCCCUUCCUCCGACGGCGUUCCAUGGAGUAGGGUCCCGGACCGUUGUCCCGAAGAGCGAGAUCGAGCUUGGUCCCCCUCCCCCUCCCUUCUCCCUCCCUCCUUCCUUCAGCCGCAACAUGGCUAACAACAGCCCGGCGCUGACAGGCAACUCGCAGCCGCAGCACCAGGCCGCCGCGGCUGCGGCCCAGCAGCAGCAGCAGUGCGGCGGCGGAGCCACCAAGCCGGCGGUGUCCGGCAAGCAGGGCAAUGUGCUUCCGCUUUGGGGCAACGAGAAGACCAUGAACCUCAACCCCAUGAUCCUGACCAACAUCCUGUCGUCGCCUUACUUCAAAGUGCAGCUCUACGAGCUCAAGACUUACCACGAGGUGGUGGACGAGAUCUACUUCAAGGUCACGCAUGUUGAGCCGUGGGAGAAAGGAAGCAGGAAAACAGCUGGCCAGACGGGGAUGUGCGGAGGGGUUCGAGGUGUUGGAACAGGAGGAAUUGUUUCCACAGCUUUUUGCCUGUUAUACAAAUUAUUUACUCUGAAGCUAACUCGCAAGCAAGUGAUGGGUCUUAUUACACACACAGACUCUCCAUAUAUCAGAGCCCUUGGAUUUAUGUAUAUAAGGUAUACACAGCCCCCUACAGAUCUGUGGGACUGGUUUGAAUCCUUCCUUGAUGAUGAAGAGGACCUAGAUGUGAAGGCUGGUGGAGGCUGCGUAAUGACCAUUGGAGAAAUGCUUCGGUCUUUCCUCACGAAACUGGAAUGGUUUUCUACCUUGUUUCCAAGAAUUCCAGUUCCAGUACAGAAGAAUAUUGAUCAACAGAUUAAAACUCGACCCAGGAAAAUCAAGAAAGAUGGAAAGGAAGGUGCUGAGGAAAUAGACAGACAUGUUGAACGCAGACGUUCAAGAUCCCCAAGGAGAUCACUGAGUCCACGGAGGUCUCCAAGAAGAUCAAGAAGUAGAAGCCACCAUCGAGAGGGCCAUGGGUCUUCUAGUUUUGACAGAGAAUUAGAAAGAGAGAAAGAACGCCAGCGACUAGAGCGCGAAGCCAAAGAAAGAGAGAAAGAAAGACGACGAUCAAGAAGUAUUGAUCGGGGCUUAGAUCGCAGACAUAGUAGGAGUAGGGAAAGGCAUAGAAGUCGCAGUCGAAGUCGUGAUAGAAAAGGGGAUAGAAGAGACAGGGAUCGGGAAAGAGAGAAAGAAAAUGAGAGAGGCAGAAGACGAGAUCGAGACUAUGAUAAGGAAAGAGGUAAUGACAGAGAAAAGGAGAGGGAACGGUCCAGAGAACGGUCCAAGGAACAGAGGAGUAAAGGUGAAGUAGAAGAGAAGAAACAGAAAGAAGACAAAGAUGAUAGGCGGCAUAGAGAUGACAAAAAGGAUUCCAAGAAAGAGAAAAAACACAGUAGAAGUAGAAGCAGAGAAAGGAAGCACAGAAGUAGGAGUAGAAGUAGAAAUGCAGGGAAACGAAGUAGAAGCAGGAGCAAAGAGAAAUCAAGUAAACACAAAAAUGAAAGUAAAGAAAAGUCAAAUAAACGAAGUAGAAGUGGCAGUCAAGGAAGAACUGACAGUGUUGAAAAGAGAAAACGAGAACAUAGCCCCAGCAAAGAAAAAUCUAGAAAGCGUAGCAGAAGCAAAGAACGAUCCCACAAACGAGAUCACAGUGAUAGUAAGGACCAGUCAGACAAACAGGAUGGCCGGAGGAGCCAAAGUAUAGAAGGAGAGAGCCAAGAAAAACAACAUAAAAACAAAGAUGAGACUGUGUGAAAACGUCUGUGAAAGUGGAUCACAUUGAAUCCUAGAAACAUAUGAUCAAAUUUUUUUUUUUUCCUUCAGAGUUGAGAUUGUGCAGUAGUUCCGCACUCUUCGAGCUCCCCGUAGGCUACAUUUUCAUUUCUUUUGUGUAGGGAAGUGCCUUUGUAAUCCCAUUUAUUGCAUUGAUGUUUUCACCCAAUUGUUGAGUUGAUACAUGAUGCACAGAUUGUUCUUGCAUUUUUAUUGUUUAUUUUAAAAAUGUACAGUCUGUACAUAUGUCCUGGAAAUGUUUUAAUUCCUUUGGCAUGGUUGCCAUGUUGGUUAAAUUUGUAUAAGGCAAUAAACUGCCGCUAAUUCUAUUUUUGUUUCGUAGGUGUGGGAUUAUGGUUGUGUACUGAAGUUAGCAUGGUUGUGCUUUUCGUAAUAGAAUGCUAAAGACUUUGGGAAUGGAUCUUGGAUGUCUUACAGGAGAGUUCUGCGCUUUCAGUGUUCAUGAAGGCACCAGUUGUAGGCUUAACAUUCUUGUCCACUGUAUAUUACCUUGGAAGGCUCUUGUUAAUAUGUUAUGCUUAAUAUUCUCCACAGUUAACUUUAGAGAGAAUUUAUAAGAAGUUAGUUUCUGAUGCAGAGUUUUAAAUUAGGCUGUGAUUUGAUAAAAGUCCUUUUAGCAUUCUACCUCAAAGGGACACUGUUAGUAUGCCUAAAAUAUAUUCACUUAGUUUUCCUUUUUUAUUUGAAAAAAAUACAUGACAUGUAAUCUUUUUUUCCUUGAAUUCUUUCUCAGAUUUUUAAAGUACUAUAUUAAAGAAAAAAAUUAAUGUCUAAAGCCUAGCAUUCUUGGAGCAACCCUGUACUAAUGUGUAAUUGGGAGAGGGCGGGGCACAUGAGUAGAGAAAUGGAUUCAAGCCUCCAGCUUCCAAAGCAUUUUUAUAAGGGGAAAAUACUUAAAUUAUGAAACAGCUUGAUAUAGCAUCCUUUUUUUAAAAUUCAAAACUUUUUUUAUUGAUAAUGAAGAUUGCUGUUUGAGUUUUUAAUCUAGAAGUAUUAAAAGUAAUGCUAUGCUGCAUUAUUUAAGACUAUCAGCAGAUUAUUUGAUAGAUUGUUCUUAUGACUUGUAUUCUGAUUACAGAGAACCAUCAUGAGUGUGGAAUAAAUACUGGAUUAAAUCCUUUAUCCUGGGUGUUGGCUUUUCCCCCAUUUGUUAACAUUUUUGAAAGUAUUUUUUAAAAUGUGUAAAUUGAUAAAAUGUCGGUAGAGUCAUGCUUCAUGUACAUCAAUAUCUUGGAGCCAAGGUGAAGGUAAAUUUUAAACAUAGACUGGAAUUGGGCAUGUGUAAUAGUCAAUAACCCUGACUAGAAUUCUUAACAAUGGCAGAUAAGUCAAUGGAUGUUUUUCCGUCACUUAAUUUGUUCCAGGUCAACAGUGCUUCUGAUGUUAUUUCACUUGGACUAUUAGUAUUCAAAAUUUGGACUUGAAAUUUUCUAAGGUUAUCAAAUUUUUAGGACAAAAAAUAAAGGCCCAAAGUGUUAGGUUUCAUCAGUGCCAGGACUUGGGGUUCUUGACAGUACACUGUACCAGCAUUUAUUUAAAUCCCUAGUUAUAUUAGCCAACUGAAGGGCACUCAGAAGCCACCUUACAAAAGUACUAAAUGGAAUAAGAGACCUCCAUAUGUGGGCUUUGUACCCACUUCUAUUUAAGAAAAAUCUCAUUAAAUGAAUUCU